AUGGCCGCCCGCGACCCUCGUCCACCUCAUCUCAACCUUCACCUCGAACGCCCACCGCGAGCCACCGAGAUCCCUACCGAUUCUGACACCCUCAGCGCUUCAUCUGAUGUGCUUCGGGGCCGUUCUCCCAACCGCCAUUCCCACCGCCUUGCAACCUCCCCUUCACCCUCUCCUGGACGUACCAGAUCGCAGACCUUGCCUGUGGUAACGCCCACCUUCAACACCGCCAAGGCGAUCAAGCGGAAGCCUCUCUCCUCUACGGCCUCUCAACUCGCCACUAGUUACGGUUCCGGCUCGACAACCCCCUCGGUUUUGUCGCCUUCCGACCUUCCCGCGCCCGACACACGUUUCGCGAGAUCCUACUCUGUCGACAGCCCUACCCUCUAUGAGUACCCCGACAACGUCCGCCCUCUGUUCGCGCCCCCAGCUGCCCAUCAGAAACUUGACAUCCAAACCCCGCCCACAGACGCGGUAGACGACGCGGCCUACUCUACUUCACGAAACAAAACAAGCACCAACCUUGCGUUCCCUCAAACAAAACCUUCAGACGGCCUGCCGGAACCUGCCUACCUGACUGCCGACGUCACCCCAACCUUCUCCCCUAGGUUGCCGAAACCGACACCCGAGCCCAUUCUCGAGGAGGACACGGACGACGACGACUCCGGCUCGACGUACAGUCACAACACUAAUGAGAACUCUAUCAUGUCCAUACCCACCUCCAAACCUACUCCUCCUCAUCUGAAUCUCCAAAGCGAUCGAGACAAUUCUUCACAAACCGUCACCACAAUACUGGAAGUCCGCCGGUCCCUCACGCCUACUACUUCAACUCAGACGCCCUCCCUCGAUAAACCUCUGCCCAAGUCACCGGGCUCUUCCAAGCUAGCCAACUUCUUUGGCUGGGGAUCUUCGCCCUCGCCUUCGACGACCGAGUUCUCCUCUCUUUCUUCACCCCUAGGAUCACCACGACGUACCACGCUGACAGAUGAUACUCCUCUCACAACCGGAGUACCGUCACUGCAGCCGGAACCACGAAAAGGGAAUGCCACACCCACUAACGCACUUGGAUACUGCGAAUCAAACCUGCACACCCCACCGCCUUCCUCCCUAGCCCCAUCACUGCAAAUCGAAGAGAUGGAGGACGAACUUAAGGCCAUCAGUACCGAGCUGGCCUCGUCGAUUCGCCGUGAGAUGGACCUGGAGGACUUGGUCGACAGACUGCAGUCCGAGAUCAACAACCCUCAAGCGCCCGGCAGGAGGACUAGCGACUACUUCUCCGACUCGGGCUACAGCUCCGCCAAGUUCAGCGAGUACGACCAGAAUAAGGAAGAGAUAGAGAAGAUUCAACGACGCGCCGAGCAGGAGAAGGCCUCCAUGCGCCUGGAGUUGACCAACAAGCUGCAAGACGAACGCUUACGGCGAGGUGAGCUUGAUCAGCAAAUUAAGGAGUUGGCCGAAAAAGCUUCACAAUUCGACGUGGCACAAAUUAACAGUGACGACGCCAACAACCGCCUCAGGGACCUGGAACGCACUUGCGAAGACCUGAGACGUAGACUGGGCGAGGAGGUCCAGGUCAAAUCCAACUUUGAGGACCUUCUUUCUGUCCUUAAGGUCGAACUUCAAAGCACCACCAACGAGCGUGACAACCUGCGCGAUGAAAUCGUGCCGCAGCUGAAGGCGAAGCUCGAUGGCCUCGAGGCAGAGGCUUCUGAGUAUGUCAACCUUACCUACGAGUCGUCCAAAAUGCAACAAGAAUUGGAAGUCCUCAGGCAAGAGAACAAGGUUCUCAAGGCUUCGGGACAACAACCGCCGCGGCCAGAGACCCGCGCUCGGAGCUCCACUACUCGCAUCGCUCGAUCUAGCUCCGUCACCGCUGCGCCCUUUGUCUUACAAAAGGCUCCGUCAGGCAUGGGGUUGACUCGCUCUAACACUGUUAAGUCUGGUGUCACCGAGUCUCGCGAGCAACUUUCGGAGCGCCUGAAGGAUGUCGAGGCACAGAGAGACGCCUUGCACAACGCGUUGAAGAGUUUGCUCGAGAGACAGGAGUUCCAAAACCGUGAGAAUGAAAAGAAGAUCAGGACUCUGGAGGUUGAGCGUGACCGAUUAAUGGCCACGUCUCCGCGCAAGGUAGGCUUCGAAAAAGAAAUCUCCAGCUUGCGUAUGGAGAUCAACGUACUCCGUCGCCGCGCUGAAGAGGCGGCCGAACAGAAGUGGCAGGUGGAGAAGGGUCUCGCCGGCCUGAAGAUGGAUCUCGACCGUGCCGAAGGGGAGGUGGCUGCCCUUCGUGAUCUGUUGAAGGAGAAGGAUAUCCUCAUCCCGCCGUCGAUGGCACGAUCAAGUGUGUACGAGCCAGUCUCGGCAGUGCCCGUCACUUCAGGGUCCCUCGAGGCCGCUUUCAAGGAUCUCCAACUUGCCUACAAGGACUCUAUUCUCAGGAUCAAGGAGUUGGAAGUCCACGGUCCUGUAAUUGCUGGGGACGAAGCCACUCAACUGGCCCUCGAGCGCCUGGAGCAAUCUCUCAACUCUGUUGUUUAUGAGCGCGACGCGGCGAAGGAGGAGGCUUUGGCUUACAAGGAUCAUGUGGAAAGCCUUGCCAGCAGCGAGGUUUCGCACCUCGAAAGCGAGCAUGCUCUCGCCGACGAGCUUCGUAUUUCUGCGCAACACGUCGAGGACCUUGCCUCGCAGGUUCAGAAGCAGCUUUCCGUCAACUCGGAACUUCGUCAGCGUCUCGCAGACGCCAUCGCUCGCGGGGACGCGGACCGCAAAGCAAAUGCCGACCGCAUCACUCGCCUGCAGAGUCGUCUCAAGAACCUGGAAGAGCAGCUUCAAUCCACUCAGAUGGCUUCCGAGGAGCGUGUUGCUCGGCACGAGGAACAGCUGAGGGAGAUGCAAGACGCUCAGAGUGCUCAGCUCCGCAGGAUGAGCCCAUCACCCGUCGGCAACGGCUUCCGUUCUCCGCGCAAGGCCGGCUUGAGCCCCAUGCCCUCGCCCAUGUUCCCUCGAUCGCCGCGCCUUCUACCGAAGCAGUCCGUCGAGGAUGACACACAGAUUGACAGGUUGCGCGUCAAGGUCGUCGAGCUGGAGACGGCGCUCACGAACGCCGACUCGGAGAUGCAAGACGUAAUUGCCCGCAUGAGUGCAGCGCAAAUCGAGGUCUUGACCUUGCAGGAAGAGCGAGAGGCCGCAAGGCGCGAAACCAGACGUAUUCAGCAAGAGCUGGAGAGGGAGAAAAUGAAGUCGUUCGAGGAUCGCUUCAGGUCACUCAACGGCACUGUUCGGUGA